AUGGGCAAUCACAAUUUUACGCUCAAUGCAACAUUUGAUGACGUUGAGUUUGACAAAUAUGAUGGACUAAUAAUACCAGGAGGACGGGCUCCUGAAUAUCUUGCUAUGCAUGCAUCGGUUGUAGGAUUGGUGAGAAAAUUUUCCGAUUCUAGAAAGCCAAUUGCUGCUAUUUGCCAUGGGCAGUUGGUCUUAGCAGCUGCUGGAGCUGUUAAAGGUCGAAAGUGUACUGCGUUCCCAACUCUGGGACCUGUACUUGCUGCUGCAGGCGCUUACUGGGUAGAACCUAAGACCAUGUCGGGUUGUGCCGUUGAUGAUAAUCUAGUUACUGGGGCUACAUUUGAAGGUCAUCCUGAGUUCAUUGGGUUUUUUGUGAACGCACUGGGGGGGGUCAUUUGUGUGAAAUGUGAAGGUAAAUCCAAACAUGCAUACUGCCCAUUUUCAGGUCAUUUGUGCGAAUUCUGGAUUUGGAACGAUACAUAG